AGGAGUUAUCGCAGUGCGCGCACCAUGGUGUUCAAUGUCAGCGAGUGGCAAGGACCCCUGAGGCUCACUGAUGUGGACGAGAGACCAAAGUUUCCUCUGACGGUGACCCAUGAGACGGUGUGCAUAGACCAGCUGGGCAAAGUGCUGAAGCCUUGUCAGAUUAAAAAGAGACCAACCAUUGAAUGGGAAGGCAUGGAUCCCAAGAAGCUGUAUACUGUAAUAUUAACAGAUCCCGAUGUGCCCAGCAAGAAUGAUCGCUCUAUGGCACAAUGGCAUCACUAUCUGGUAGUAAAUGUUAACGGAAAUGACCUGAACAGCGGCACUACUCUUACAGAAUAUGUAGGUUCAGGAGCAGGAAAAGAUACAGGUCUACAUAGGUAUACCUGGCUUGUGUAUGAACAGACGACCCCACUCAAGUGUGAUGAACCUUUUUUGAGUGACAGAACAGCAAAGGGUCGAGAAAAAUUUGAUGCAGCUGGUUUCCGUAAAAAGUAUGGACUUGGUCCCCCAGUCGCUGGUGCUUGUUUCCAGGCUGAAUGGGAUGAAUCUGUUCCUGAACUUUACAAACAGAUGGGCGUAGCAUAAAACCAGGGGAAGCCACAAAUUGUGUCUAAUAAUAUUUAUGUACCGGUAGUCCAUGUAUCUCUGUACAUGUCUUUAGCAAAAAAAAGUCAAAUCUUGUAGUUUAUUUGACACAAAGAAACUUUUAAAUUUAA